GUUUGCUGAACCCACCCUAUAUAAAAUGAGGUUAUUAUAGAGAAUGCGUUUAGCUCCCUUUAAAAUCUGUGUGUAAACGGCCUGUCCGGUUUGUACCAAUGGGAGGUCAUGAAGAUGAAGCUCGGCUGAGAUGUGUUGACUCAACAGGCAGAUGUGCGCCCGUGGUGCUGAAGGAACAGCUCAGUGAGCCCCGUCGCAAUGAAACUGUCCGGCGCUUCCUCAUCACCAUCACUCCUCAAAGUUUGCUGCUCGUUUCAUUCGCUCUGACCAUGAAGAGACAAAACAUCAGGACCCUCGUGUUAAUCAUCUGCACUUUCACUUAUCUGCUCGUCGGGGCGGCUGUUUUUGACGCUUUAGAGUCCAAGAUGGAGAUCACCCAAAAGAAAGUCCUGGACGAUCGGAAGCGAGAGCUGAUGGACAAGUAUAACUUGAGCAGGCUGCAUUUCGACGAGCUGGAGCGGGUCGUGCUGCAGCUGAAGCCGCACAAGGCUGGGGUCCAGUGGAGGUUCUCUGGCUCCUUUUACUUCGCCAUCACGGUCAUCACCACUAUAGGAUAUGGUCAUGCGGCCCCCAGCACGGAUGGUGGGAAGGUGUUCUGCAUGUUCUACGCCCUCCUGGGGAUCCCCCUCACGCUGGUGAUGUUCCAGAGUCUGGGUGAACGCAUCAACACCUUUGUCAAGUACCUCUUGCACCGUCUCAAAAAGUGUCUUGGCCUUCGGAACACAGAGGUCUCGAUGGCCAACAUGGUGUGCAUUGGCUUGAUUUCCUGCAUGAGCACCUUGUGUGUAGGAGCAGCGGCUUUCUCCCGCUAUGAGGACUGGAGCUUCUUCCAUGCGUAUUAUUACUGCUUCAUAACCCUCACCACCAUUGGUUUUGGGGACUAUGUAGCCCUGCAGAAAGAUAAUGCGUUACAAACCAACCCCCAAUACGUCGCGUUUAGCUUCAUGUAUAUCCUCACGGGACUCACGGUCAUCGGCGCCUUCCUGAACCUGGUGGUUCUGCGUUUCAUGACCAUGAAUGCUGAGGAUGAACGGCGCGAUGCCGAACAGCGUACGCUGCUGUCCCGAAACAGACAGACCGGCGGCACUGGAACCAACCAUUGCAUGUCCGACCCGCCGUCUUCAUCCACUGCGGGCCACGGAGGAGGGUCCGGGAAAGGGUUGUGUAAUGUCUACGCCGAAGUGCUGCAUUUCCAGUCUAUGUGCUCUUGUCUCUGGUACAAAAGCCAGGAGAAGAUGCGCUACUCAAUUCCCAUGAUUAUCUCUCACGAUCUGUCCACUUCAGACACCUACAUGGAGCACAGCGAGACCUCCGAUGCCCUCCACUCCAACGGCUGCGUGUGCAGUGCCUUGCAGGAGCACUUGGCCACCAGUUCAGUGUACACGGGCCUCCUCUGCCCAGCACAUUACCAAAGACUCUCCAAACGCCGCAGCUCCAUCUAGAGGGCCGGAGGAUGUAUUGCAUGUGAAUCUCUUUCGCCUUACAAAACCAACCACUGUUAUACUUGGGGUUGAAAAAAAC